AUGGACAGGAGGAAUCUCCUCCUUCUGUUUCUCCUCCUCACGCUGGACGUGAACGUCUUUUGUCAAGGGGACGAGCAGUGCAACCUGACGCUUUCCGAUCAAGACGUCUAUGCGAUUCCAUCGGAUUCAAGGGACUUGAUCUUUCCCUUUACGCAGGCAGUGAAUGCGCACGUGCUCGUGCGCGCUGAUGCCAGCGCACAGCUGACGGCGACGGUGACGUGUGGCAGCAAGAACACAACGGCGAACGUGACCGUCACGUCGGACGUGGACCUCCAGUUCAGCUGGACCUCCACACCGUCACCUGCGGAUCAGGGCAAGCCUCUAAAUGCCGCCGUCACCCUCGUCAACCGAGGAGGCCACCCCGCCGUUGGCUUUCAGUGCGAGCCGGUCACCGCCGAGCAAAACCCACCUUUUACUCUCACCUGCGACCAGCCAUGGCGGUUAGAAGAGAAGACGUGCCGCCUGGACUAUCUGCAGCCCAACUCGCCGGCCACUCUUUUGCUGGGCUAUGACACAAUCGCAGAGCACACCAAUGUCAGCGUCGAGUGCAGAGCGCACAACCUGCCCCAACCUCUCACAACCACCUACGCGAUCCUGAUCAAGGACGACGCCGAAGUGCAGAUCGUCACUCCCGGUGAAACCAAGGCGAUGGCGGGUUCGGACAGCACGGUGGUGACCACGAUCAAGAACGUCGGAAGUGCCGUGGCCGAUGGUUUCGAGUGUGACCUCGUGAUCGAGAAGCCCGAGACCACGGUCUUUGUUAGUCUCAACGAAACCAAGUGCACAGCCACUGUCGACACGGUCAAGAACGUCACCACUGGCGCCCACUGCACAUUCGGCGACCUAUUGACCAAUGACGAGUACUGGGUGGGGCUCACGUUUCACGUUGGCGCGGAUGUCGAGGAGAGCAACCAGGCCGCGUUCAAGUGGAAUUGUACCGCCGAGGGCCUGGAGACAGUGGCUGCCAGCGAGAUCAAGGUGAUCACUGAAGCGCGGGCCGACCUCGCACUCACCCUCCCGGCCAACUCUUCCAUCGAGGGCGGCACCCAGUCGCUUCUCUUCCGCCUGAAGAAUCUCGGCCCCUCCAACCUUCGGGGCGGCGAGUGCAAGUUUACGCUGUCGAAGGGCGUCGAGGCCGCCACCUGGUCGCAGUCGUCGUUCUUCAACUGCUCGCACGCGCCGUCCAGCACCGACCUGCAAUGCGACAUCACCAACAUCCCGCCCACGGACGCGGAAUUCAACCUGGGCCUCGUGCUGAAGGACCUCACCCUCAAGCAGUUCACCGUCAACGCCCUCUGCGAUGCCAAGAACCCCAAGGCGCACCUGAACGAAACGUUCACCAUCGAUGCCGGAGUCAAACCGUCGCCUUCGCCCGCCCCCUCCGGCGUCGCGCCAGCGCCCGACAACACCAUGAUGGUUGUUGUCACGGUGAUCGUGGCGCUCGGCCUGCUCAUCGUCAUGAUCAUCUGGUGGAGAAAACGGCAAGACGCGGCGGGAUGGGAGGCCGCUGGUCCCAACCCGCGCAGUCCCUCGCUCAACCGCUUUUCGGAUGUUGAGCUCUCGAUCAGGUCGUCCAACUGA